AUGCAUUUUGUGACGGCACUAACCUGGAUACUCCUGGUCUCCUGGAAAGGUCCAAUAAUUGUUCGGGCCUUCAUUCGGGACCUCGCCCCGUUCUCUGGGCCUAACCCAACGUACACUACCUGGAAAGUCCAAUACGGAGAUUAUGAUUUGAUUAUCAUCUGCCUUGGGGCCAAAGCUUGCUCACUUCCAGAACUCGCAAAUAAGCUGCCUCUUAGAACUUGUAGAGGAGUUAUUGCUGAAUUCCAGUUGCCAUCAGAUACAGUAGAAGAAUAUGGCAAUCAGAGCCCUUCAAUUUUAUCUGAUGUGUGGCUGACAUUCCAAGGUCCCCGUACCGUUUCUAUUGGGUCUACGUGGCAAUGUAAGUCUGAGAACUAUGUUUCAGUGGUAUCCGAUGAAGAAGCUCUUACUGCAAUGGAAAAGUUGCUCCCAAAAGCUUCUGGUGUUUAUCUAGGAAUAAGUAAAUGGGAUUUUGUACGCGCAAGAGCUGGGAUACGAGCCAUGCCUCCACUGACAGCUAAUGGAUCAUUGCCACUUUUGGGUUGUUUGAAUGAGGUAAUGGGCGAGAGGAGCAACUGUACAUUUUGGCUAGUUGGUGGGCUUGGUGCCAGGGGUCUUUUGUAUCAUGGUUUGGUUGGAAAGGUGACUGCCAAAGCUGUGAUUUCCUGUGACGAAGAUGUAAUACCUUCUGAGUUCACGUGCUGGAAGGUGAAGGCUUCGCCGUGAAUACCAUUUUGUGGCUCAAACUUCAAGCAUGUUAUGCUUCAUCUGGGAUAUUCAUGUGACUAAUUGAGGGAGAUACUUGAAACUGGUGGAUAAGUUGAAGUCUAAGGAGGAUUGCACAAAUCGCAGGGUUUCAUCCUGUAUGGUGCAUUGCUCAGGGCUACUGCAUAGUGCAUAUUGAACUAUGAAGCCAUUAUGCCGAUUCAAGUACACAUAGCAGAAACUACAAGCCAGACUGGUUUCACUUCAGAUGUCCAAGUUCGGUGUUCAAGAAGUAUUUCAGACCUAUAUGUUUUUUAAUGUGAACUUACAUGUUUGUGCUGAAGCUUGCUGAGUCUCUUGUUGCCCCAGGAAGCAUUUUCUAGGCCUACUAAAGUGCAUCAGAGCCGGUCCUCGACAUAUUUACCUAGAGUUCCAGAUUACUCUCUAAUUGCUUCCCAUUUCUUUCCCUAAUUUUGUCCCGUACUUCUUA